UUCCUCGAAUAUAGAGCACGAAUUAUGUUGUGUUUUCUUAUCGCUCUCGUCGCAGAUACAACUAAUAUUUUUCUCGCAUAUUCGACUUUACAAACCUCAAGCAGGACAUUAAAUAACGAAAAAAAAAGACGUGUUAAAGUGAUACCGAAAUUUGUUAGACAGAAAUAGGUUUUAGCAGUAAUAUGGACAGAAAUACGCGUUCUAUCAUCCCACCAAUGAAUCAUGUCAAACCCCGCAAUGGUCCAAUAUCUCCACGCGACCGCGAUAUGAAUAAUUCAUCCUAUUCAAAUCACCAGCCAUCACAUUAUAACAAUUACAAUAAUUCGAGUCAAAACAACAGCCCAAAUAGCCAGCAACACCAACAUCAUCCAAACUCAGAUUUAAUAAACUUUGUUUCUGCUGCAUGGAAAGAAAAGAUGUACUGUGAAGUUUUUAAGCCGGAGAAUGCAGAGAAGCUCUCCCAUUUUGAUCUCGAUGGGUGGUUCAGAACGCGGCAACACUAAAGCGUCUUUUCUCAUAUCCGACUCAAUGUGCUCGUUAGUCACGUAAAACUACACCAUCUGGGCUUACAUUAGGGGAAUCCCUAUGUAUAAAUAAUUAUGGCUUUCCAUUUAUGGAAAGAUUCUCGUGAAAAAUCUUGAUAAGUUCUCUACCUAAGUGUCACUUUCUUUUUUUUUAACAUUUCCAAUCAGUUUUAAAAUGCUUUUGAUUUUCAUUGAAUAUAUAAAAACUUUUCCUAGACAUGUUUCUUUUUUUAUUAAUAAUAAAAUUCAUAGUUAACUUUUUUCGCUAAACAUCAUGUCAGAAAAAAUCCCCUUUGUUGUUUUCUAUUAUAAAAUUUAACGGAAACAUAAAUUUCAAAAUCAGUUUCAACUCAAAACUAAUGUUCACCGUGCGAUAGAUUUUUAUGUUUAAUUUUUUGUUUACCUUAGAGCGGCA